UACGCCUGCGCGGAAAUGGAAGCCUUAAACGAGGAGUUCCAGAUCUUGACGACUCCUUGUUGCGCAGGCGUACCGGCCGAUUUCCUUUACGGCAGCCACUCCUCCUCUCCCACUCCCGAAACAAUCAUGGCGUCCGGAUUUGAAAGCGAGCGGGUCUUAGCGGCGCGUAAGGAAGACAGACGUCGCCAGCGCGAGGCGCUGCUGCAGCAGGCAAAAGCUAAUUAUGAAAAAGAUGAAAGACGCAAGGAACUGAAACGAUUGCGAGGGGAAGAUACUUGGAUGCUGAAUGAUGUCAAUGAGCGUUUAGAAGACAUGAAAAAGGAACAUGCUGUUACAAAGAAGAAGCAUUCAAAAAAACAUACAAGGGAAAAGAAGAAGAAAAAGACUAAAAGAGAAAAAACAGAUGAGUCAUCUGAUACUACCUCUGGUUCUUCAGAAGAAUGGGUGGAAGCGCCUGUUGCACAGUCUUCUAGCACUGAGCAGGCUUGGAAGGCGAAGAAAGAACAAUCAGAAGAAGAAACAGUGGAAAACCCUACAUCAAUUCAGAGGGAUGAAUGGAUGACCUUAGAUUUUAUGUCUCUGAAAACACUAUCUUCAGCAUCACUGAGGGCUGAAAAGCAGAAAGAAAAAAUAUUGAAGCAGCAGAAAGCCCAGGAAAAUGAACAGUUGCUGCUUUCAGAAAGAGAGCUGAACCCAUAUUGGAAAGAUGGUGGUACAGGCUUACCAACAGAAGUAUCAACAUCAGUAAAAGUAACAACAGUAGAAGAUGGUGGAUUAAGCUGGCUAAUGAAAUCCUACCAGAGAAUGAAGGAGCAGUCUGAGAGAGACAAACGAGGCUUGGAAGAAAUUAUAACUGAAAGAUAUGGGUCAGUGGAGCUAUUUCAGUCCAAGUUAAGGGAAGCUGAGACAGCUGCAGUCCAAAAAGAAAAUGAUAGAAGGGACUGGCAAAAAUGCAAAUAUUCAGAAAGCAAACGUACUUCAAGGGAUGGCAAAGAGAAGCAGGAGGAAAACAACCCAGAAAGGUUUUCACAUAAAGAACAACUUAAAGAAAGGUAUAAUAAAGUAUGUUCUGAGGAAUGGAAAAAUUACAGAGGAAGUGAAUGGACGGAAACCAAAAAAUCAAGGCCAAGUAAUAAAGAAUCUACAGCAGCAAACUGGACUUGUACAACCAGAAAAGAUCCUCAUCAAUUAAAUCAUUAUGAGAAACCUUUCUCAAGCUCGGUGAAAGCUGCAUUUCUGAAACCUAGCAGUGAUGGAGACGAAGGAGGCAGGCAGCAGAGAACUUCAUCCCAAUUAUUAGCUCCUCGUUUUAUGAGCUGUGGUUUCCGGAAACCUGUUGAUGAUGCUGAUGUGACUCCAAGAUGGCGCAAAGCACAACCUAAGGAUGAAAUUGGAAAAGCAACUCCAAAUGAAAAAUCUUCCAGAAAGAGUAAGGCUGUUACCAGCAAGAAGGAAGAAAAGCCAAAAGAGAAGGAAGAACAGAUCUCAGAAGCUGCAGUGGAAGAAAAGGAAGUAGUGGACAAUAAACCAUCAUGCUCCGGAUCUGUUUCAGAGGAUGAGACGCCUCUCAUUCUCAGUGACGAAGAAAUGAACAAACUGGGAGCCAGGAUUGUAAAAGCAGAAUUGAUGGGAAACAAGGAUUUAGCUGCAAAACUUCAGUCUCAGCUUGAUAAAGCUCGCAUGCUAAAGGACAGUGGAGCACAAGCUAAAGCUAGAAAAGCUGAUGAGAAAACUAGUUUUCAAGAAGACCAUGAAGCGAUCUUGGUCAGAACUGAUAAAUCUGGCAGAGCAUGGCCUGCUAAUAUUCCAGAAGAAACAUCGGAUCAUGUAGGCAGAAGGAGGAAGAAUCAAAUGAUACCUACUCAUGUGGAUAAGGAAAGAAUCCGAUAUUUUCAAGAUGAUGAUAAUUUGGAUCUGAAGGAUUUGAUCAGGAAUGAAAAGAUGAGUACAUCAGAGGAUCAAAAUAAGCUUUUCAUGAGAAUGGCAUCAAAGUUUUCAGACAAAACUGAUAGAGAUUAUUACACUCUGGAUGACAUGUUCGUUUCCCAAGCAGCAAAGAGGGAGGAAAGUGGAAAAGCAGAGGAAAGGGAGAGAAACCAAGCGAUCCGUGAGCAUCAACGACUUGCUGCAUGCAUGGAAAAAUGUCCUCAUUGCUUUGGUAGCUCUGAACUCCCUAAACACCUCAUCAUUGCAAUUGGUAACAAGGUUUACUUAUCCUUGCCAAAGUACCAGUCUCUUACGGAAGGUCAUUGCCUGGUCACUCCUAUGCAGCAUUACACUGCUGCCACAGUUCUAGAUGAAGACAUUUGGGAAGAAAUUCAGGUAUUCAGAAAAACCUUGGUAAAGAUGUUUGAAGCUGAAGAAUUGGAUUGUGUCUUUCUGGAGACAAAUUUAAGUAUAAGCAAACAAUACCACAUGGUAUAUGAAUGUAUUCCUCUCCCAAAGGAAGUGGGUGAUAUGGCUCCCAUCUAUUUCAAGAAAGCUAUAAUGGAAUCAGACGAAGAGUGGGCCAUGAAUAAAAAACUAAUUAAUCUAGGCUCAAAAGAUGUUCGCAAAUCGGUGCCAAAAGGUUUGCCUUACUUCUCUGUAGAUUUUGGCCUCCAAGGUGGUUUUGCUCACGUCAUUGAAAAUCAAUACAAGUUCCCUCGUUACUUUGGAAAGGAAAUAAUUGGUGGCAUGCUAGAUUUGGAACCACGGCUUUGGAGGAAAGGACUACGAGAAAAUUUUGAAGACCAGAGGAAGAAAGUGUUGCAUUUUGCUCAGAAGUGGAAAUUGUAUGACUUCACUAAAAGUAAAGAAUGAAAAUAUUCUGCAGAUGCUGAUAUAUUGGAUCCUGAAAAGUUAAUGAACCAUCAAAAUCUACAAAUUUCUUUUUGUGGAAGAACUCCUGCUGAAAAUAAUAAACAUGUUUUGUAAAAUGAACACCGAAAGGGGUUAUAAUACUUUAAAGGAGGAGAAAAAAAAGGUGGAUUGAAGCUAAGAUAUUUGAGUCAUGUAUAAAUCAUGUCCGAUGUACAAUAUGUAGAUAUAUUAUGAAGUCCUUAUUUUAAUAGAUAAUAUCUUGUUAUCAAGAUUCCUGCCGUUAUUGUGAUGACCCGGGACAAGGCAUGAAGGUCACAUAGCCAGCUGAGAGUUCAGACUCCCCAUUAAUGUUCCAAAUUUCCCCCCAAAUACUCCCACAUUUUUGGCAAGUCACAGACCAAAGUGCACACACACACACACACACACACACACACACACACACACACACACACACACACAUCUGGCUCCACUCAGUCCCACAAAGCAAAGGAACAGGGAAAUGAGUCCACGAAAUAAGGAACGAGGCACUGAGUCCAUCCACAAAAUAAGGAAUAAGCAAGCAGUCCUGCAAACUCCAAAUGUCUGUCCUGGCACACCAAACUGUACCUAUUCAGCGUUUGUUCCCAACAAAUGCCUCUCCUCACAGUGUCUCCUUAAAUCUCAGUCCCCAAGUGUGACUUGUGAAGAGGGGCGGGGUGCUCUCCUGAGUAGUCAGGUUGGCCUGCGCUGUUCCCGCCUUCUCUCCGUGCUUGGGAAUCAGGAGGGUGUGGUCCUUGCUCAUCGCCUGAGCUCCAUCACUCUUCAUGUCCAGUGCUUGCCCUACCUCCUGCCCCCAUUCCUCCCUGCUAACAAGCCAUCCCAAUACUGAGGGGGCCCUGGACUGCCUCUGCCUGCUCUCCCCACAUUCCUCCGAAGCCAAUGAAGCUGCCCCCUCGAUGUCUGUCAGCUCCAGCUCUGGCUCAUCGUCCUCCACAGAUCCAGGCUCCGAUGGGGGCAUGACAUGUAUUAUUUAAUAUUUUUCCUGUUUUAUAUUGUAUAUAAGCCUAACUUGUCUUGAUAAAGGUGAAAAGAUUUUUAAAUACUGAAAAUGGCGACAUUUUUUAAUGCAGAACAUUUAAAAUUUAAAAAAAUAUUCUGUUUAAGUGUUGACAGUUUGAGAAGGUUUAGUCUGAGGCACACUAUUGAAGUUUAAAAGAAAACUGAUGUAAUGUAAAUUCUUUUGAAAAUAACGGUGUAACUUUUGAAUAAAUAUGUCCCAACCUUUAAACACAAAGGAAGACAAUAUU